AUGCUCGUAAUUACAGAAAACACAUUCGAAAAAACCAACAACCCAAAGUAUCCAAGAGGGAGUAAAGUGUCAAUCAAAAGAAACAACUCCCAAGUGAAAGUCAUAUCCAACAGAAUCACACCAUAUUGUGGAGACAUAACAAAAAGCAAAAGGGAGUUAAUAAAAACACGUAAGUUCAUAAAGGAAAGUGAUAAGAUAAAGUACCACUAUCUAUAUGCAAGGAAACAUUUAUGCCAUGGAAAAUAUGCAAGGAAAAUAAAACUUGUUUCCGUAGAAAAGAAAAAAAAUUUUAACCAUUUGGAAAAGUUCCCCAAAAGUAGAAAGAAAAAAUAUCAAGUUAUAGCAAGGAGAGUUAACUAUAAUGUUAUCUUAAAAAAUUCUUAUAUAAAAAAUGUUCCAUCUGGAAGAAAUUCCUUUUUAGUACAUUUAAAAGGCAAGAGAAGGAAAAGCCAUAUUAAGAGAAGCGCUCGAAAGAAUUUCAUAAGUGUUCGGGAAGCUGCUUUGGAGAAGGCUAAAGAUAUAGGUGGGAGACAGGUCCCCAGUCUGCAUCCACUAAGCGACGAGUUUCACUUUAAGGUAAAAACAAAUCAUCACCAUGUAACUAGCAAAAAUGUCGCAAAAAAUCAACAUUCUUACGAUGUAGAAGCAAAUAGUGCAAAUUUAGAUGGCAUAAGUGCGAAUAAUUCCACGUUAGACAUGGUGACCGUCGUCCUGAACAGGGAGAAGCAACAUCCCAAUUGGCAUCUAAAUAGGCAUCCAACCAGAAAGGCACUUUUCAACACAUGUAGCAUGCGAACAUUAACAACAAAUAGUUUAAUAGAUUCCAUUAUUAGUUUAUCAAACGAGCUGAAUAAGACAAACGAGAAAAAAGAUGAUUCCAAAGAUGAAUACGACAAAAGUGUACUGCACUAUGUGAAUAAAAUUUUGAGUGAUCACAAUUUUCAUUACGACAUCGUUAGUAGUGUAAAUAAGAACGAAAUAAAGGAGUUAAAAAAAAAAGUAAAAAAAUACAAUGACAUACCAAAAUUUUAUUUUAGAAAAUUGUUUAAGUAUAUAGGGGAGAAAAACGAGAGCAGUCGUAUGUGCGGGAAUUAUUUACAUACCACACAUUGUUAUAAUAGUGAUUGUGAUGUUCAUUACGAUGAUAGAGACAGAUCGAAUAGUUGUAAGAGGGGAAAUAAUGAUUACAUGCAUGAUGAAGAAAAAGUGAAAAAACAAAAAGAUCCUUCCCCUUCAUUUUACACAUACCAACGUUGCCAUUCGGAUAAUUAUUUUUCAGAAAAUCUAAAAGAAAAAAAGAAAAAGAAGAAGAGUCACGUUUAUCAGCCCGUAAACCCUGUUGAACGCGCAAAUUUGAGCAAACAAGAGGAAAGUAACUAUUUCAUGAAAAGGAUAGGGACAGGAACAAAAACGACAAGUAAGCACCUUACCAAUUUGAAGUCCCCUUUGAACCACCAAAACGUGGGUGCGAAGGGUAACCACGCCAAAGUGGGGAAUGCAUCUAGAAAAGAAGGAAUAGUAGAGAAAAACAUACCUGUGGUGGAAAGAGCAGUCAGUAGCAAUCAAAUCAAGCAUGGGAAUCAGAAGAAAGAAAACACAUUGCUCUGUGUGACUAGCGCACCAAAUAACCAUAAAAAUAAUUUUCAUUCGGACAGCAACCUACUGCACUGCACCAAAAAAUACACGCCUACUUUUACAGACCUGAAGAAACAUAUCCUCAAAAGACAGAACCAUUUGAACUAUAAUUUGGAGAAGGACUAUCCGUCAAUAGAAAACACCCGCUCAGGUAAAUCUCCCAAAAUAGAGAGAAGGCUUCGCCAAAAAGAUUUAAGAAACGAAAAAUGGGCAGCAUGCAUUGUGCAAAAAAAAUUGAGUGUCCAUGAAAAUGUGGUUAUGUGCAGUGAGAAAAAGAAUCUGCAAGAAAAAAUAUAUAAUUUAAGCAACUUCAAGUUUUCUGAAAAUGCAGAUAGUAGUUGUAUGCUUUCGCAUGUAGCGAAUGCAAGUAUUGUCCCUAGUGUUAUGAGUAGCGCUACUUGUAAGCUUAGGGAAAAUUCUCUCGAAGAAGUCCCAGGCAUUGUUACGCAAUAUGCACCGGUUCAUAUGAAUAGCGCUGACCGUAUUCGAAAUAAUGAGUGGAUAUUUAACACUAGUGAAACGCGGAAUGCUCAGAGUGGCAUCCCAAGUGGCAGAGAAAAAAAGGACAAUGGUAAUUGUAACUGUGGCAUUUCCGAGAACAUGUAUAACGAGUGCACAUUUAGCCUGAACAAUGUUAAGAGAAAUGAUUCGUUGAUCAAUUCCACCGAUGCUAAUGCUAGUGAUAACGUAUAUUUUAGUGCAGACAAUCAUAGUAAUCACACCAUGAACAGCCUGCACAGCAACAAUAUGCAAUACAUGGACAAUUGGUCUCGCAGUUUUUUCAAAAGCAGCUACAAGAAGCAGAGUAUUAUUUCUACCUUUAGUAGUUCAAUCAGUAGGCAUCGGAAAGAUAGAUGUGAUGUUGCACCACCGGUAGGGAUUCUUAACCGGGGAGAUCCACCCCAAGGCAAAAGGAGCAACGAUGAUAAUUCGGCCAUUCCUACUAUUAUCCCUUUUCAGCGAAGCGCUAAGACCAAAUCUGUAGACGCUGAUGCUCGUACUGAUUCUGCCGCUGAAAGGGACAAUACGGGAGAUAAGCAGAAGAUAAGAAUAAAAUCCUCCGAAUUGGGAAUAAACAAUUUGGAAGGCCAGAAAAGUCUGAGAUCAAGCGUAAACUCGCUAAGCAGCGCGGAAUUGAUAAAAACACCAGUGGUAUCAAAUAUACAGAACAACCAUUUUAAGGGGAUUCCCAAGAUAAACGAAAACGACAGCACCUCCUUUUGCAUCUUCAAGACAAAACACACAAGGGAAAGGCCCUCAAGUAAGACCCCCCUAAUUGUAGACAUUCCGAAUUUCCGCAACACAAGUAAUGAAAUUGAUUUCUUAGCAAAAGGUAGAAAGGGGGUAAAUAUUUUUGCUUACAAUAGUAGAGACAAAAAAAUGAAUAACAAUGAUGAUCACAAUUUUUUGGUUGAAGAAUGUUUGAAAGAGAAUGCAUCAAAAUUUAGAACAAAUGAAGAUUAUGAAAGGUACUGCAAUGAAGACAAGAUACUAAAUCCAGAUUACAUUCCGCAAGAGUCGAAAAAACUUGGUGAAAAUUUUUUACAGAAUCACAAGGAGAAGUUUGCAUCUUACGGUAACUCCAGUUUUCAUUAUCAACCCUAUAUGAGCAAUGCAGAAUGUGGAAAUAGCUGUUUUAAGCAGGACCCACCAGGAUACAACCUCUACAAUGAUCCGAACAUGAAUUUUAUGAAUAAUAUGAAAAUUAACGUAUUCAACAAUACAGCUUCACAAAAUACAUCUAAUAGCACUUUUAACAACGUGGGAAUUUACAGCAACUGUCAUAUAAAUUCUAUCAACAAGGAGUAUUACAUGAAGAAGGGAAAUGACUACAGCAAUGAUGUUUUCAUAAAAUACUAUGAGCAAUAUGCAAAUAAAGAAAAUGAUAAAAACGAGGCAAAGAAAUUUAAUUACACAGAUUGCUACGAUUUUAAGAAUACCCUUCUUAAUGGACUAAGCAGAGAAGACAGCUUCGGCUCUGAUGAUGAUCUAAAAAAUGAAGAAAGUGAAAUGAACUUUCUGAAAGAUUCAUUAAACUCUUUUGAUAAUUUAGAAUCUACGGAAAAAAAAUAUGAAGAGAUAUUACGAGACUUUAACGGAAAAAUACCUCUACUGCAUAAAGUGUUGAAACCUCUUCCAGUGAAAAAUCGAUCGAACAAUUUUGACAUUUGUCUGUAUCUGCUGCAGAAGCAUGGAGGAGACCUAAACAAUGAAGAAAAUAUUUGCAUAUUAAGGGACAAAGAAAUUGUUCAGCAUAGUGCCAUUUAUGAUGCUAAAAAAGGGUGCAUAAAAAGUAAUAUAACAAAUGUGACAAAUAUAAAAUUGUAUCACCCCAAGUGGCAUAACAAGAAGAAAAUUGUGGAAAGGUUGAAAGAACAGAGUUGUUUUAAUCCCUUCACCAUAUUUGGAUCUGCUCCGAGUUUGCUCGAUUUUGAUGAAGUGUUUGACAAAGAGGUGUAUAAUAAAUUCGUUUCAAGGAAUAGCCGUAAAUCUCAUUCCCUGCUGCGAAUAUUAGCAAAACAGAAAGUGAUUAACAACCUUAAUGACAAAAUAACGGAUAAGGAAUGGCCACAAGUACACGCAUAUUUAAAGAAAAGAUGGAGUAAAGAAACAAACAUUGAACUGAACUGGGCAUGCGACCCUUUACUCUAUGAAGAACUGGAGUGGUAUUUAAGCACAAAUAAUGAAUACCUAAAUAUGACUGACAAGGUUGCGGAUAUUGAGGUUUGUUACUGCCCCACUUUGGAUCCUAGUUCGUAUUAUGCAUGGAACGAUUCCAGGGUUAUAUACACGAACUUGUGCUACAACAAAUCGAAGGAAGAUGCUGAGCCGACAAGCCAUUCUGUGAAGGACAAGUACGCUGGAAACAAGAACGCAGAACUGAAAAAUAAAGAUAAGCAAGUUUCCUUUAGAAAGAGGGCAAGCGGGUGUGAGCACCUCAUGUUUCAGCAGAAUCUGAUGAAACAGAAGAAGUUAUCUAAAAGGAAGAAGAAACUUUUAAAAAAGAAAAAAAAAAUGCUCAAGGAGAAAAACCAAAUAUUGAAGGAACAAAGUAGACAAUUUGCCGCGAACAACGAUGUGAACGACGCAGAUGUUGGUGCUAUAGACAUGGAAAGGGCAAACGCAGCCGACGCGCCAUCAUCAGGAGUUUUUUAUAUGGAAACAAAAGAGGGAUCUGAAAAUGACUACAAACAUGUGUAUUCCUCUCAACAUAAUAAUACGAAUUUUUCAAAUGACCCGUGCAUGAGGAUGAGAAUCAACAUGGACAUGGGCAUGCGUAUGAGCGGAUUGAAAAGUAAAAAGCACAACCAUGAUAGCGCGUAUUAUCCCAACAUAUUUUCCACGAAGAAGAAGAAGAGUGUGUACCAUAAUAAAAAUUACGACGAAGAUGUCAUACCAAUUAUGACGGUUAAUACAUCUUUGUACAGGCACAAUAUGGAUAACAAAUACAACUGCAACAACACGGCAUUUGAUUACAUUAAGAAUAAGGAUAAUACCAUUAAAUUUUUUGCCUCUCCGAAGAAAACAAGAAAGAACAAUUCAGUUAAAAAAUCUAUUAACAAUUCAGACAGUUUCUAUUUCUUAAAUUCCUCCAUGAUAAAUUCGGACAACAUUUACAACAACAAUUUGAACAGCUUUGAUUCUAAGGAUUCGGGAGAUGGUAAUGAUUCCACAUGUGUUUUUCACAAGGAUACAUUCGAUGCUUCAGAUGAUAAGGUAAAAAGCAAAAACCAUGUGGACACAAGAAAUAAUCCUAUCGAUAGCAUGCAAAUGGACAAUUUUGACAAUGCCCCGGAGAACUUGUGCGAAAAUUUCCGAAUGAACGAACAUACCAGUUAUAUCAGUAAUAACAAUAUAUACGAAUUUGGUGGUACCAAAAAUCCGUUUGACUUUAGAAAGAAUGACAAUGAUGGGAAUGAAAAUAGCAGUGGCAUGGGCUACUACAUGACAAGGGACAAUGAAAACUUCUCCAGCAAAGGUGGAAGUUUUUGCUACAAAGGAGGGGGAAGACCUACUAAUGACUCCAUGCAACCGUUUCACAUGAGCAUGACGGACAAGUAUGGAAAUGCGAAUAAUAAUGUGAACAUGAGCAUAUUUAGCAAUAUACGAAUGUAUGAGCAGAAUUUUAACAAGAACGGGGGGGAUCAUGGUGACAGCAGGAACAGUCUGAGUAGAGAUUAUGACAUGGACAACCAUGGUGGUAGUUCUAUGGGAAAGGGGCCCUUCACCAAGAGUAACUUCGUGGAUAGAAGCUAUUACGACAUGGAACAAACGAAUUUUUCCUCGAACAAAUUCAGUCAUUUUUCAACCAGGGAGAUGGCCCAAAAUGAAUUGCAGUACAAGAGCAUUUUCCGCACCGGUUUGUCCAACCCAAACUUUGCAGAGCAAAAUCAAAGUCAAAACAAAAACGAAACAAAAUUUCCCAUUAAGGAGUUAAGUGAAAGGUACCCCAGCAAAUGCAAGGGGGGAAACGCGGAGUACAGUGACAGCCAUGGAAACAAUGGCAGCGAAAACCACCACGACAACCGCAAUAACGAUAUGAUCAGUGAGGACAACUGCAACUAUUUCGAGUGUAAAUAUGGAAACAGCUCAAACAAACAUGCUAAUGGAAAAAACAACCAAAUGAUAGCAGACUAUUUUCUCAGCAAGAAUACUGAAAAUUACGACCCGACGGAAGAAAAAAAUAUAAUAAUAAAUGAGCAGUAUGCCACUGCCGAAUCUCAGAAAAGUAUGAACAACGCUAAGGUAGACAUGAAUGCCCUAAAAAUUACGAAACAAAAUAUUGACAAAAAAUAUAUUCUAGAAAAAAAAAUUAAAACCAGUAUGUCAUUUUAUACAAAUAAGAAAGACACAGAUAAUUCGACAGUAACUUUUAAUUCGAAAAGGUUAAGCAAUAGCAACAUUAUUGUUAACGAAAAUAGAAAAAUUAGAAGGUACACAAAUAAAAAAUGUCAGGAUGAUAACACAUCUUUUGAACAUUCAGAAAAUGACAAAGGACAGGGUAAUAAGAAAGGGAGUGUAGAAUCUCCUUCUAGCAGAACCAGCGAAACUUCCAUGUCUAGCGCUUUCAAAAUGGCUACCUCUGUUUUUAAAAAAUUAUUCUAA